UUUCUUCCUUAUUUAACAUUUGUGUUUUCUGUAAAAUGGCUCAGGGAUGAUGUCACUUCCUCUCUUAGUAAGGCGUACGCUAUCAUCUACAGGUUCUUGGUGGAAUCCUCACAUGCAUGAAACGGAGAUCAGUCUCUAACUGGAGUACUAAAGUAGUAAAGUAGCUGCUAAUAACAAAUAAAUAUAAUACCACCGUAUCCAAGGCGAUUUCGUUCUGUUUCCAAGGUAGGAUAUCUGUAUUAAAUGUUCAUGGCAUGUUUCUAAUUCACCACUAUUAGUUCAAGUUUUUUCAGGAGUACUUAGAACACGUGGCUCAGGUGAACUGUAAACGAAGUAUUAAUAUAAAAUCUAUUGUUCCUGGUUUAGGAUUUUAAACAUUGUGAGGGCUAAUUUGUAUGAGGGUUAGUACACAAGAACUCAACAGGAACUUGGCAGAAAUUAUUGAUUGUCCUUAUAACUUCCACCUAGCAGAAAUCAUCAAUUCCAGCGAUGUCUGCUUUCGUUUAAAGAGUCAUGGGCGAUUGCUACCACAGACAUGAGGAGAGGAUAGGUCGCGUGUUUGGUUUGUAUGGACGCUUUCUGGAGCGGCAUCCUGUCAAAGUUCUGGCUGUUGCUAUCUCUGUCAACUGUCUCCUUGGCCUUGGUAUGCUUAGACUUGAGACGGAAAGUGGAUCAGAGAAACUGUAUACACCAGAAAACAGCCAGGCCUCCAAAGAUCGAGAUUAUUUAAAGAAUGUAUUUCCAAGAAACUCUGAUUUCUACUCACAUAAGGAGUCGUCUGAUUUCGCAGAAGUGCUCAUCCUAACAAAGGACAGGGGAAACAUGCUGACGUCGGCAUUUUUAGAUGAUGUCAUGUCUGUUGACAAUUAUGUACGCAACUCCAUUUCCAUCAAUAAUAUAAAGUUUGCGAAUGUGUGUGCCAAACAGAAUGGCAGCUGUGUAGUUUCUGGGGACAUCUUCUUGUCGAAUGAUUUCAAACAAAUGAUGCUGGUAAACAAUAUCACAUACCCAAUAUUCAAGGAGACUUCUAUAAGUUCCCUUCUUGCAAGUGCAUCGUUUUCAAGCGGACUACUCACAUAUGCCAUGGGACUGAAACUCACCUACUACCUCAGUGGAGCGAAUUCCAAGGAAUGGGAAAAGGCUUUUGUUAAAUCCAUUUCGGGUGCUGUUGUUAAUGUCUCAGAGUUGGCUCCAUCUUACUCUAGUGCCUUAGACGACGAACUAGAGAAUAAUAUAGGGGGAGACGUUCUUUUCUUUGCUUUGACGUUGACGCUGAUGAUGACGUAUGCUUCCAUUGCCACAUCGAGAAUGAAUUGUAAUUUCAUAGCAGACAGAAGUCUUUUAGGCCAAGCAGGUGUCUUGGCAGCUGCUCUGUCUAUUGUGUCCUCUUUUGGUUUACUGAGUCUUAUUGGAGUGAAGUAUAUAAGCAUAGUCAGCGUUAUGCCUUUCCUUAUCAUAGGCAUUGGUAUCGACGAUGUCUUCAUUUUGAUGUCCGGAAUUGCUGAUGCUGAGACAAUAGAAAAUUCUAGCGUGUCGGACAGAAUUUACUUCAUGAUGAAGACCAGUGGUAUCGCCAUCACUAUCACCUCCAUUACAGAUUUCCUGGCGUUCCUGAUUGGAGCAAGUUCGGUUUUCUUAAGCGUCCGUAAUUUCUGCAUUUAUACUGGUGUUGCAGUACUAUUUUGCUACAUCAAUCAAAUCACUGUUUUCUCUGCAUGCAUAGUGAUCAAUGAAAAAAGGAUUAAAGGCAAUCGCCACUGUCUAGUUUGUUGUAUAAGGACAAAAGAUAAGGAAUCAUUGAGGAAAGAGGGUAAAAAAGGAUGCUCACUUUACGCAUGCGCUGGAUACCCACCAAAAGAACGGGACGAUGUCGAUAGCCCUUUGGAGAGAUAUCCAAAAAGACUCAUCCAAAAACUUUUGAGCUACCUGGUCCUAAAGAUAUUCAUCUUAUUAAUUUUUCUGAUUUACUUUGGAUUUUCUGUUUAUGGUGCUGUCCAUCUUCAACAAGGGUUAUCUCUUCCAAACCUUGUCACGGAAGACUCCUUCUUUUUCAAAUACAGCACAUGGAUUGAGAAAUACUUUACUACAGAGAUCGCCAUGUCAUUUAAUGUCAAAACAACCCAGACAUACUCCUCUUCCUGGACUCAAGGGGUCCUUACAUCGGUUCUUACUACAGCAAAACAAGACGAGGACAUAGAUCAUGCAUUUGAAUUAAACUGGUUAUCUGCCUUUAAACAAUCUGGUCUGUAUGCAAACACUUCUGAAUCUGCUUUCAUUGCUGCUCUGCAGACGUUCCUGACCAAUGUUCCAUUGUAUGCUAGUGAUGUGGUGAUAAAUUCUGCUGGAACAAGCAUUACCGCGUCUCGAUUUUACUUGAAGACCAAUAACUUAAAGUCAUCGUAUGACCAAGGGAAGAUGAUGCUCCGCAUGCGAGAGGUGACUGCAAAUUCUGCAAUUCCCAUGAUUGUAUACUCGGAUCCGUUCAUUUUCUUCGAACAGUAUGUUGAAAUCCUUCCAAGCACCUUGCAAACUGUUGGAAUUGCCAUCGCCGUGAUAAUCUUUGUCACAAUCGUCUUCAUGCCUCACCCAACACUGAUAGUCAUUGUCGGCGUAACGCUGUUUACUAUCCUACUAGGGGUGUUCGGUUUUAUGUACUUCUGGGACAUUUCACUCAGUUCCAUCACCAUGAUUCACCUUGUCAUGACCGUGGGAUUCUCCGUAGAUUUUAGCGCCCAUAUUUGUCACGCCUAUCUUGCUGUAGAUGCAGACGACAGGGCCACAAAAGUUGACCUUGCCUUAGACAGAUCUGGAGGACCUAUAUUUAACGCGGCAUUCUCCACCCUCGUGGGCGUUUCUAUUUUAGGAUUUGCAAACAGUUACAUCUUUAAAACGUUUGGACAGAUGAUGUUUCUUGUGAUAUUUUUUGGUCUCGUCCAUUCGGUUCUUUUGAUUCCAGUAGUGCUUUCAUUUAUUGGUCCAUUAAAAAGGAAAAAAGACGAAAAGGAUGAUGGGAAGAAGUCAAUAGCAAAUUCACAAAGUCCUAAAUCAACUUCAGUAAUUCCUCUUUAAUGUUAGAAUAAAUUGAGUGACGCCGUUUCCCAUUACAUGACAUAAAUUGAAAUUGAACGUAAAACUAAAGAAAAUCCAAAUGAAUUGUGUAUGCUACUAUCGCCAAGAAUAACUUGUUUCUGAGUAAAACAUCACGUCAGAAAAUCGAUGUACAUUCCUUUCUGGCAAAAUGUAAGCUCUUGUCUAUUUUACAAUGCCACAAAGGUUAACCUAGCCUAGUGACCCAUGUUAUUAUUUAAUACACUCGUUGAGGUGAAGUAACAUUUGGUAUAGUUCAUUAUAAAGAAAUUUCAAUUUUGUCAGAAUAAAUCUUUCUGUUUAUAUUUCCGUUAGAAAAAAAGGUUUUCUUUCUACUCGUUUUCUAUUCAAAACACACGAUUCCGACUGUAAUAUUUCUUCGAAUAUUUAUUAUAAUAUUUAUAAUGUAUGAAAUGUUGAUUUGUUUGAACCAAAUAAAAAUCAAUCAGA